AAGUUACCUUUGUUGCCUCUACCACAAGGAAGCAAGAUGUCUGCCCUGGACGUGGACGAUUUUCUUCAACAAAACAGAGCCGUGGCUGACCAGGUGGAGGCUUAUCGAGGUUACUGGGAGAGUGACAAACACUGGGAGCCGAGGAGGGAGUUCAUCCUGCGGAACAUGAACGAAUUCGAGGACGAGCAGCUGGACCAACUUCUGUCCCUGUCCAUGGUCUGGGCCAACAACGUCUUCCUCGGCUGUCGGUAUAGCACAGAGCUCCUGGAAAAGGUGAAAGAAAUGGCUGAAGGCAUCGUGGUGGAAGACGCACCGGUCUUCAAAACGAGAGACGAGAUUAUGAAGAGCCAACAGAAUCGAUGACCAGAACAGUCUCACUCGGAUUACGGACUCAGCUGUUACUCCAAAUCAGGAUCUGCUUUUAAGAACUUUUCUAUGGUUUUUAAUGGAUUUGGAAGGAACACAAACAUCAAAAAGUGUUUAGUUUUUUUAUGAUAAGUAGGAAGUUUUAAAGUGUAUAGAGAUUCAUACAUUUCUUACCAUCAUUUUUACGUGUACUUGUUUUUAUUGUGUAAAUUUAGAUACAAGAUGUGUCUGUCUGAAGCAGAAUAAACGACUUGUGUUUUCUUCGUG